CCAGACUGCACCUCCCGCUCAGCAUCUCAUACACUCCUACCUGAACCUGUGGAGGGCGCGCCUGGACACUUAAGCUGCUAUGUCUCGGAUACGGGAGGUCUGGGCUCCGAACCUGGAGACAGAGAUGGCGAACAUACGGGAUCUCAUUGACCAGUACCCCUACGUCGCAAUGGACACUGAGUUCCCCGGUGUGGUGGCGCGGCCCAUAGGAUCGUUCAAGACGUCGUCAGACUACCAUUACCAAACGAUGCGGUGCAAUGUGGACCUCCUCAAGAUCAUCCAGGUCGGACUCACGCUGGCAGAUGAGGAGGGAAACUUCCCCCAAGAGGUAUCUACCUGGCAGUUCAACUUCAAGUUCAGCGCGAGCGAGGACAUGUUCGCGCCUGAAUCUAUAGACCUACUGCAGAAGUCGGGCAUCGAGCUGCAGCGGCACGAAGAGAUGGGAAUCGAGCCCAACGACUUUGCCGAGCUUAUGAUCACUUCGGGACUUGUACUGUCACCCGACACGAAGUGGAUCUCGUUCCACAGCGGCUACGAUUUCGGGUAUUUCGUCAAGCUCCUCACUGGGGAAACAUUACCCAUGCACGAGGAGACGUUUUUCGAUGUCCUGCACACAUGGUUUCCAACCAUCUACGACAUCAAGUAUGUCAUGCGAUCAUGUAAAGUCCUAAAGGGCGGACUACAAGAUGUUGCGGAUGACCUCGGAGUGAUGCGAAUAGGACCCUCUCACCAAGCUGGCUCCGACUCUCUCCUCACCGCCUCUACGUUCUUCAAGAUGCGCGAAAUCUACUUCAACGACAAGCUCGACGAGCCAGAAUUCAACGGCAAGCUCUACGGCCUCGGGCAGACGUUCACGCUGCAGAACGGCAUCGCCGAGGCUGCGCGCGCCGGCGCCGCGACCCUUGCAGAACGCGAAGACCGCGCCGGCCCCGGAGCGCGGGAAGCGCACAACCAGACACCAGGCCCGCCGGGUCACGGCGUCAUGGGCAUGGGCGCGACCCUGACGACGCCGGUCAUGGCGGGCGCAAUGCCCGCACAGAUGCCGACGACCCCGUACGGUCCGAUGUCGAACGGACCUUAUAUGCGCGCGGCGAUUGGCGUGGGCGGCGGCGGGCGGUAGUGCGGGUGCGUGAGGCGUUGGAGAGGCGUGGGGGAGGCGUGUGUGGCGUGUUGUACGCAUGAUAUAUCCGCACGGGGUGGUGUGCGAUGUACGAUUCCAGUGUAUCAUCGUAGUCUGUUUGUCGUUGUCGAAGCUCUACGUGUCUGUGUUUUGUUCCAAUGCAAUCCUUGAUUCUCAAUUUUCGC